UCAUCUACAUGACGUUUUACAGACUACAGAUAUACAAUUUUAAAGCCAAUGAUGAUGAUUUUCAAUAUUUUUUAUUAUUUUUAAGGAAAUGUACAACCAAAGAAAACUAACGCCUGUAAGAUUAUCGUUAAUGUUUUGGAUCGACAAAUUACAUUGAACCCGAUAUAUAAUCAGCGUAAAUUGCAAUUUAAUCUAAUCAACGCCUUCUCUUGUAAAAUGGCAGAUAACGAUUUUCAUGAAUUUUUAAAUGAGCCAGAAUUUUCUUCGGGGGAUUUUAAUCAAAUAACAUUUGGUAUAGGUGGUCGACCAGACCGACCACCUGGUGAUAUAACUCAUGAUGCAGAUAAAUCUGUUCUUUUAACAACUCAACUUAUGGUUGCAAUACCACUGGGAACUUUUUCUCUCCUAGUAUUUUGUUAUCUUCGAACCAGAUGGAAUAUAAUGUUUGCCCCAAGAAGUAGAUUACAAAAACUUGCUCCAGACCCCCUUCCGACAACAUUUUUUGGAUGGAUAAUACCUUUGUAUAAUAUGCCUGAAUCUCAUAUAUUAGAUAGGGUUGGAUUGGAUGCCGCAGUGCUUCUUGCAUUUUUUAAAAUGUCUUAUAAAUUAUUUACGUUUUGUGCAAUUGCUGGUUUUGCUGUUGUUGGUCCUAUUUUGUUAGCUGAAUAUUUUCAUUUCUUGCCAGGCAAAAAUGGUAAUGGUGGUGGGGGAAACUCUUUAGGUGGCGGUCCGGUUCCAUUACCAAUAGAAGAUAGUCCAGAGUCACCUGGAGUGUUAGCAUCAUAUGCAAUAUUAACUUGGGUUUUCUCUCUUGCAACAUUUUACUUUACUUUUUAUAAUUAUCGGGAAUUUUCUGAAAUUCGACAUAAAUACUAUUUAAAGUGGAAAGAUACUAUAGCAGCAAGGACUGUUAUGGUGACAAGUAUACCCAAAAGAUUACAAACUGAUGCCGCUUUAGCUGAAUUUUAUGAAUCAUUAGAAUUAGGAGCAGUCGAAAGUGCUGUAAUUUAUCGUAAUGUUCGUAAACUUAGGCAUAUUAUUGAAAAAAGAACAAAGUAUUUACAAAAAUUAGAAGAGGCUUAUGCGGAUUAUUUGAAUAAUCCUUGUAAAGAUCCAAAUUAUAAUCCUGAUGAAGCAUUAAAGGAAUUCGAAAAGGCUGACGAUGCAAAAACUGCGAAUACUAACACAGCUAAAGUUCUUGAAAGAGUUUCAGCAGAACGUCCAAAAAUGUUUGUAUCGUUGUUUAAAAGAGGUGAUAAAAUUGAAUAUUAUACUGAAAAUUUCUUCAAGUAUGAUGAAUUAGUUGAAGAAGGUAGACGUGGAGCUUAUAAAUCUGAACCUAUUGGAUUCGUAACUUUUGAUAACAUAACUAGUGCGCAAUUAGCCGCACAAGUUCUCAUCCGACCAGAACCAUUUGAAUGCAAUACAGAACUUGCGCCUGAACCACGUGAUAUUUAUUGGUAUAACAUGAAUAUUAAAAGACGAGAAUUUUUAAUUAGAAAUGUGACGAUUAACAUUUUUGUUGUCCUACUUGUGUUUUUCUGGUCUGGUCCCAUUUCAGUUUUUGCUACACUAUUGAGUCUUAAUGUCUUAAAAAAAGUGUUUCCAUGGUUGGAGCAUUUGGCGGAGAUGAAUGAAAUAAUUAAAGGUUUUAUUCAAGGAACUUUGCCGACUUUAGCUGUAUCAUUAUUCAAUGUAGUUUUACCAAAAAUCAUGAUUGGCUUGUCUAUAAUUCAAGGAUUUAAUGCUCGCAGUGUAAUAGAGCUUUCAACAUUUGCGAAAUAUUACUUUUUCUUGUUGGUGAAUGUUUUGCUAGUCUUUUCCAUCGCGGGAGCAGUAGCCACAGCUUAUGAAACAAUCACAGAUCCGACAGGGGUUCCUCGUAGAUUAGCUGAAACUUUACCUAGAGUUUCAUCAUUUUUUGUAAAUUUUGUUGUUAUUCAAGGGAUUGGUUUAUUUCCGAUUCAUUUGUUACAAGUGAAAGAAGUAGCUUACAUUUGGGUUAUGCGUAUAUUCUUUUCGAAAACCCCUAGAGAUUAUGCCAAAGCAUCUGCUCCACCAUUUAUGAAUUACGGGGAAGAAUUGCCACCUAUGGUUUUGAUUUUUGUUAUCGUUAUCGUUUAUUCUUCUCUGAGGCCAGUAAUUACUCUAUUUGGAGCAAUAUAUUUUUUCCUCGGAUAUAUGUGUUAUAAAUAUUUACUUUUAUAUGUCUAUUUUCAUCCAUACGAAACUGCUGGACUUGCAUGGCCAAAGAUUUUCCGAAGGAUAAUUAUUGGACUUUACAUUUAUCAAAUAAUGAUGAUUGGAUAUUUUUCAUUAAGAAACAACUAUUAUUUAGCAGCCGUUGUUUUCCCAACUCUCAUUUGUACAUUUGUUUUCUUUUAUUAUGUCAAUGGUGCAUAUGAAAGGGCUGCUGCUUUUAUACCUUUGAAGAAUUUACGUGAAGAAUUUAAUAAAGUACAAACUAACACGGCAGAUGUUACGAUUACGCCAAAGUCACCCGAAAAUUCCAAUAAUCCUAAUGAAAACACUAAUGUCAAUACUGAUAAUCCCCCUCCUUCCAUUAAUGAAGAAGAUACCGAGGAAGGUCAUUCUCAACGUGAUGUACUGGAAGAUGAUUUAUAUCAUGCGGAUCCGGAUUUGUACACUGAUUAUGCACAACCUCCGAUGACAUUAUAUGAUGGUAUACUUAAUACUGGAAUGAGAAAUUAUGGACCUCCAGCACUAGUUGGAAUACUUCCAUGGUUAUGGCUUCCCGUUAAGAGAGUGCCAUCAGAUGAAGCUUCAUCGCUUGGAGUUUUUCAUCGUAUACUGGGAAUGAACAAAACCGGAUCUAAACCAAUUCCAGCUAGAUCUGUUGAUAUACCUCGUGGUGAAACAGAAGAAGAAAGAAACCAACAAGAUCUUUAUCAUCAGAGAAUUGCAGAUGCUAAAAUCAAAUUAGCAACCAAAAGAGCGGCUAGGGACCCUAACAAUCCAAAUAAGAUUUAUUAUCAUCAUCCUGAAAGACGUCGUUCCACUCUUGUUUCGCCAAUUAGUCCCAUAGCUUCUGGAGAUCAUAACAUAUUAGGUACUAGAUCAGUUAGAACUUCUAGCCCUGAAAGAAGUGGAAAUGUUUCUAGGGAAAUUCCCGUCACUUCAAGAGAGAUUCCUACCACUUCAAGAGAAGUGCCAUCUACAUCAACAGCAGAUUCAACUACCAUCGAUAUUCCAGGUUCAGAAAAUUUACAAGAACGCGCUACGCCUAAGCGAAGCAUUUUCGAUAAGUUUGGUAAAUUAGCAGGAAGGAAUUUUUAAUAGAUAUAGUUAUAAUAUUAGUUGGAUUGUAAAACUGUGAUAUUUAUUUAUUUAUUUUACUUAUUAAAAUUGUAAUAUAGGGUAUUUAUGUAAUUAGUUAAUUGUAUUUUUUAGGACCUUUGAUACAAUAAAAGUUUUAUUUAAAGUGUUAUAUAAGUGUUAUAUUUAAUGUUAUUUAAUAUAAUUUUAUCAGUUGGAGAGUUUUAUAAAAAAUACUUAUUACGUAAGCCUGAUAAAACAG